GUAAUGGCCGACUUAUAUUUUUCAUUUUUAGGUUUCCUUUGGAUAAAUCGUAAAAUAAUUAAUUAUUAAGGUUAAAUCAUCAUCAAAUCAGGUAUUUUGAUAAAUUCUAAAAUGAAAUUAUAAGAAUAGGCUAACAAUUUAGCUAUGAUUGCAUUUGAAAGUAAUCUAGCCGUAGCUUAAAAACAUAAAAUUCUCGAAUUUAUUAGGUGAUAUUUCAACUUAUUUAUACCCUAGAAACAGAUGUCAUGUCUAAAAACCUAAAGAAAUUGAUAAAAUAGAAAUCUAUUGCGUUUUAGAUCAUUUUAUUUGUUUUAGAAACUAG